AUGAUGAGGCUAUACCAGGGAUUGCAGCCCUGUCGCGCGAGGCACCGCGUAUGGCUCUCACGCAGCAGCUGUCACUCGGCGCCAAUUACAACCUGGACCGCCAAGGUGCGCAACGCAUCCGUUGCACGCGUUGGUCAGUCUCGAGGGUUGGACAAAGGCCAACUACCACGGACCUUCUUUACGACUGGAAAAAGCCGGCAGCAACAGGAUGGAAAACCCGGUAAUGGCCCCUUCGGAAUCGUGGUGCCGGUCCUCGGUCUUGGUAGCUUACUUAUAUACUCGCUCUAUCCAGGCGAAGAACUGCACCGCGCUCGACUCGGGCGUGAGACUGAGGAAAGUGUGCAGUCUGUGAAGCAGGAUGAGCCGCCCGUGGACUCUACGGCGUGGACCGCUUUUACCAGCAAGUUCAAGGAUCUGUCGACCAUCACAGACAUAGAAUGGGCCUCUCUGUCGGACCGCAUGGUCGACAUGAUACUCCCGGACUGGUCCAAGGGUCUGCCGGUCUACCUCAACAAGCUACAGCGGGAGCUGUCAAUGUCACCCGGCUCCAUCGCAGAUGAGAUAUGGAACGAGGCCCACGAUCCGUUCAUCAACCCCGAGAUCCGGUACAAGGCCAAGGUCCGUGUUUCGGAUGAGCUUUGUGACGAGGAAAAGGAGUUCCUCGCGCGCCGGAAAAGAGUCGCAACUAUGGCCUUGGCGCGCUACCUUGGACUGGACGAAAGGGAUGUGCAUCCCGACGACGUGCCAACCAUUGCCAUGUGCGGCUCUGGUGGAGGUCUCAGGGCAUUGGUUGCAGGGACAGGGUCAAUGCUUGCCACACAAGAAGACGGACUCUUUGAUUGUGUGACAUACACUUCCGGUGUCAGCGGGUCAUGCUGGCUCCAGGCACUUUACCAUUCUUCCUUCACUGGACGCAGACUGGAACGAGUCAUCGACCACAUAAAAGCUCGGCUGGGCGUCCACAUCGCAUACCCGCCCGCAGCCUUUGCUUCCGUUCUGUCGGCACCGACGAACAAGUUGCUUCUAAGUGGUAUGGUUGAGAAAUUGAAAGGCGACCCAAACGCGGAUAUUGGCCUCGUCGACGUCUAUGGUAUCCUCUUGGCGGCGAGGCUGCUCGUCCCAAAGGGCGAGUUGGCAAUAAAUGAUCGCGACUUCAAAAUGUCAAACCAGCGAGAGUACAUCAAAUACGGACAGAACCCGCUACCGAUCUACACUGCGGUUCGGCAUGAGAUCCCUGACAUCGAAGGUGUUACUGCAGCGGAAGGGCACGCCUCUGAGAAAGCCAAAGAAGUGGCUAAGCAGGAGGCAUGGUUCCAAUGGUUCGAGAUGACUCCCUACGAGUUUUUCUGCGAGGAAUUCAACGCCGGCAUUCCGACAUGGGCCAUGGGACGUAAUUUUGAGAACGGAGUAGACGUGCCACCCGAGAAUGGAUUCCACCUGCCUGAACUCCGGAUGCCGCUCUUGAUGGGUAUCUUUGGGUCUGCGUUUUGCGCAACGUUAAGCCACUACUACCGCGAGAUUCGACCCAUUGUCAAGAGUCUCGCCGGUUUUGGCACGGUUGAUGAGAUGGUGCAUGGGCACAACGAGGAUCUUUCGAAGGUCCAUCCUAUCGAUCCUGCACAAAUCCCCAAUUUUGCGUAUGGAAUGGAAGACCAACUCCGCUUUACAACACCGACUGCCAUAGCCAAAAGCCCCCAUAUUCAACUCAUGGAUGCGGGGAUGUCCAACAACCUGCCGAUCUAUCCUCUACUCCGGCCUGGACGCGAUGUCGACGUCAUUAUUGCCUUUGACGCAUCUGCCGACAUCAAAACAGACAACUGGCUCUCUGUCGCUGACGGAUACGCCCGUCAGCGAGGGAUCAAAGGAUGGCCUGUGGGCGUAGGCUGGCCCAAGGCGGGUGAAAAGCCCGAGCAGGCGGAACAGGAACUCGCAGCCGCACAGGCCGAUAGUGCAGCCGAUGCGGAUGCGAGAUUACGCAAGGCCCAGCAGGCCCAUGAGGCAGGCGAAGCGAUCGAUCCGGCUGAUCAGAAGAAGAAGGCUAUACACAACCAGUCGCACCCCGAAGAUUCGGACCUGGGCUACUGCACUAUCUGGGUUGGAAAAAGCCAGGAGCGGUCGUCAGAACCUCCCCCGCCAAGCAAGGCCGUCGAUGAGUCGAAUAAGUGGCAGCUCGUCGAGCCCGAUGCAGGGCUUGCCGUCGUCUACCUGCCCUUCAUGGCUAACCCCAAGGUGGAGGGCGUCGACCCUGCCAAGAGCGACUAUAUGAGCACGUGGAAUUUCAUCUACACACCUGAGCAGAUCGACAAGGUGGUUGAACUCGCACGGGCCAACUAUGACGAGGGCAAGGAGCAGAUCAGGGGAUGCAUACGCGCUGUCUACGAGCGUCGGAAGAGGAUAAGGGAGGAGCGAGAAGAUGCUGUGAAGCAGGAGAAGCGGAGCCGGCUACGCAGGCUAGGGAUCGAGGGUAAGUUAGGCGAAGGCGAUCAUUUCAGUUGA